AUCCUGAAUAGAGCUUGACUCCUACUUUUUGUUGGGACCUGGGAGAGAAAAUUGUCCUGCGGACGGAGGUUCCGCGUUGGAAAUAAAGCAGAAAAAACUGGGCUUAAAAAGCUAGCUACAAAGCAUGGAAAUGCGUCACGUCUCCGUUUAGUCGUCUACAAUGAAAACAGAGUCGCUUUCACCGUGAAUUCCUGAGAGGAGCUAUUAGUGUGGUACCGUUACCCUUCAGCUCGCCCAUUAUGCUGAGUUUCCUGCGCAGGACUUUGGGGCGGCGCUCCAUCCGGAAACAUGCAGAGAAAACCCGUUUACGAGAGGCUCAGCGAGCCACGACGCACAUCCCUGCUGCUGGGGAUGCAAAGUCUAUCAUCACCUGCCGUGUAUCCUUACUGGACGGGACAGAUGUCAGCGUUGAUCUGCCGAAAAAAGCCAAAGGUGAGGAGCUGUUUGAACAGAUCAUGUACCAUCUGGACAUUGUAGAGAAAGACUACUUCGGACUGCGUUUUAUGGACUCGGCUCAAGUUCCGCACUGGCUUGAUGUUACAAAAAGUAUCAAAAAACAAGUGAAAAUUGGCCCACCGUACUGCCUUCAUAUGAAAGUCAAGUUCUACUCUUCAGAACCGAACAACCUACAUGAGGAACUCACCAGAUACCUAUUUGUUUUACAGUUAAAGCAGGACAUCCUCAGUGGCAAGUUAGAAUGUCCAUUUGACACAUCGGUGGAGUUGGCUGCCUUCUCGCUACAGGCUGAGCUAGGUGAUUGUGACCCACUAGAACAUAAUCUGGACCUGGUGUCGGAAUUCCGGUUCAUCCCUCAUCAGUCAGAGGAUGUAGAGCUCGCUAUAUAUAACGCAUGGAAGGAGUGCAGAGGUCAGACACCAGCACAAGCUGAGAUUAACUACCUAAACAAAGCCAAGUGGUUAGAAAUGUAUGGUGUGGACAUGCAUAUGGUCAAGGCAAGAGAUGGUAAUGAGUACAGUCUGGGUCUGACGCCCACUGGAGUUCUGGUGUUUGAAGGCCAAACCAAGAUCGGACUCUUCUUCUGGCCCAAGAUAACUCGUCUGGAUUUCAAGAAGAGCAAACUGACACUUGUGGUGGUGGAAGAUGAUGAACAGGGUAAAGAGCAGGAGCACACCUUCGUCUUCAGGAUGGACCACCCGAAGGCCUGUAAGCAUCUCUGGAAGUGUGCUGUGGAACACCACGCUUUCUUUAGGCUAAGAGGACCGGUACAGAAAAACGCUGCCCACUCGAGUUUCAUUCGCAUGGGAUCCCGCUUCAGAUACAGUGGAAAGACGGAGUAUCAGACAACCAAGGCCAAUAAAGCAAGGCGCUCAGCCUCGUUUGAGAGGAGACCCAGUCGGCGUUACUCCAGAAGAACCAUGCAGAACAGAGGGCACUUCAACCCCCAGGAGGUUCUUUCUUCAGGUAAUGGCGUUAGCUCCAGCAAAGACGAGAAGAUUUCUUCCAGUAGAGGGGCCUGGUCUGCUAUUCCUGUGGUCAGCCCAGUUGCAUCUUCUGCCUGUGGACCGAUGGAGAUUGAAGCUCUGCCCAGAAGUCCUGGAGGAGAAAAAAGAAGCUUGCCUGUGGUUGCUGACCUGAUGGAGACGUGCAUUGACGAUGUCCUCAGGGCUCCCGCCGCCCCCCCAGUGUCGACCACAGAGGAACCUGGAUCAUGCAGCGCCUUUGCCACUGCUGGUGCUCCUGCAGAAGAUCCAUUAAGUCUUGCUGAAGCAGCAGCUCGUCUAAAGCAGCUGGAGUUAGAGAGUAGUCCACUUCUCGCUACUCCAAGAAAUAACAUCAAUGUAAAUAUGGCCAUGAACAACCAGGAUGAUGUGGUGAAGCUCACAGAGAAGUGUGGACUCAACAGUACAGGUGGCAGUCCUGUUGUCACGCCAUUGCGCACCCCAGAGGAUCUGAAGAGCAACAUCUUGAAAGCUCAAGUUGAGGCUGCUGCCCAUAAGGGCCCUUUGGAUGAACAUGUCUUAAUUGUCGGAGAUAAGAACUGCAACUUGCAGGAGGCUUCUUCCAGGUUGAAGGUACGUACCGGCCGAAUGGGCAGUAACUCGUCUCUUUCUGUCAGCAGCCGCCUUGACAUCCAAGACUCCAGGGACCUGCUCAAACCAGCCUCACUGGUCUCGUCUGCAGCAGCCAGUGCUGAGAGGUUAUCUGAGGAUUUAAACCCAUCUGCUCCCAAGAUUCCUGCUGCCAGCGAAGGCUUGGCACCAAAGGUUAAAUCAGAGGAGUUUGAUUUACCAAACACUUCGCUGCUGUCUGACAACCUCAUUGACUUCACCGAUCCAACUCCUCUGCUUCCACCAGUGCAGCAGCCCAAACCACUCAUCACCCCUCGAUGGAUCAUCCCAACAACCGCUCCUCCCGGCAUCUUUACUAACGGCCUGCUCGACGUAGACCCCCCGUCUAAGGCCACCCCUCUGCUCCCUGCUGACGGGGGAGCAGCCCUCACCCCAGCCCCUCCCCUCCUUGCUCACACACGAAAUGCCAUCUCCACCAGCACUGCAGCUCAGCCACCAGCCUUGGAGGAUGGAGCCAAAACCAGAAGUCUGUUGACCACUGAGCUCUGAUGAAGAGGCCAUCACAGCAUUCAUCUUCCCGACUGCUUUCCCACUAACUAUGGUUCGGGUUAAGGGAGGAAGAGGCAGCUUCACACCUAUUCUAGUCGCAUGCAUUCACACUGACAAACAUGAACUACACUCAGAUCAACUGGAAGCGUUAUUUUUCACGACAUUAUUUUUUUAACAUGUUUAAACAAACAUAGUUUCAGUAUUAACAUGUUCAAAGCGUGUCAAGUUUCUGUUUUUCUUCCAUCACCUGCCUCCCUCUGAUUCAUCCUGUCAAGCAAAGAUCUGCCUCCAGCGAGCAGCAUCUUCUCCCAGUGGAUGUGAAAUGGACCGUUUCCAGGUACAGAGGUCGCUGGAAACCAGUGACCUCAUGAUGCCAUAACAGAAACAAAACAAAAGGCAUCAACCCCUGACUUGUGACUGAAAGAUGACUUCAAUGGUAGCUUAUUUCUUUUUAGUGCCCUGUCUCCCUUUUUUUAAGUGAUGCUGUGGCAGCGCUCCGCUGGAUCUCCUAGAUUCUCUCUACACACUCAUAUAGAGCUGCUGAAGUACACUGGAUGAAGGACUGAGAAUUAAAAAAAAAAAACUCAUGAUGAACGCGGCUAACAUUCACGACUACCCAUGUGUUUUUUCUUUUUGUUUGUUUUAAGCUGGUCAAUGUGAACGCUUGUUGCAGCCACUGGAUUUAAAAAAUAUCACUGGACUCUCUUUGCAACACUGGACUUUGUCAAAAGAUGGAAAUUUCCCAUUCUGGUUUUACAAAUAUGUUUUAUGAUCCUGGUCUUACUUUUUUUGUUUUUGUCUGUUUUUAAUGAUUUAAAAUAGUUCUUUUGUUUUUCUUUUAAUUCAAACCGUUUGGAAUCAAUGAUCACUAUUCAGUUUUAUUUAAUCUCUUCAUGGACCCUCUUGAGUUUUAACAUUUUAUCUAUCAUUUCAUCCCCUACUUUCUUCUCAUAAUUAACCACAGCUUCCACCUGUGGUCAUUUUUCAUGCAAUAUUAGCUUGUAAAAAGGUGAGAGGUGAUCCGAUCUUGCUGACACAGUGUGAUACCUUCACUACGUUGAGUUGUGUAACUGGACGCCUCCUCACAUGAUUUGACGCUAACACGUAGCUACUGCCAUGCCUUAUGUAAAUGAAUGUAUUAAACACGUCUCAUAUAAGGAUGCUGGAAACGCCACUCUACAAACGUGUCACUUUUACCGCUGCUCAUGGUUAACUCACAGUAGCCGAUGUAGUCUAGAAGUGGAGGAAGACCUGUGAAAUAUCUUAAAAAGCAGAUUUUGUACAUGUGGGAGGUGAAGCUUGUCGCUACACUUUCUAAAUUAUGAAGUAUAUGGCAUUGACUUGUUUUUUAACCAUUGUAGUCACUAAGUCUGGACCCUCAUUCAAGUCAUGUAUGAGUAGUCAUUCUCAGUAUGAUGAUGAUGAUAAUUAUCUUGAACAAGGGAGUUUUUACUGUUGUCUUACUGUAACACUGAGCAGUAUUUAUGCUACCACGCUGUAAGUGUUCCAACAUGACGUGUUUUAGCACAUAGGUAAUUAUAUAUGUUCAGUAUGACAUCAGCCAGCUGUAGAUAAGAUGUAGACUCAUAUAUUUUUUUUAAGAUUAUGUUGGUGGGAUAGUUACUCCAGACGCUCAGCCUCAGCGUGUUUCCUAAUUACAGAAGCAGUAGAAGAUGUUACUGGUCAGACUGGAACAAAUUGUCACGUCUCUAAAGCAAUUUUUCUAUCAUUUUUUUUUUUCUUUGUCUGGAUGAUCUGACCAUACAGUAAAGUUUUGUUACAGUA